CAGACGUGCCCUCUCCACACACACACUCGCACACGCGCUCAGUUCAGACUCCAUCGUCGAGCGUUUCAUUCCAAACACAGCUAAUGCCUCCAUCAAAAACAUUCAUCAGGUCUGUCAACAUUUACGUAUAAACCUCAGAUGCAAUGGACGCCUUGACGUUCUGAGUGACAGAUCGGUUGUGUAGCGCGGACGCCCCCUGUUGGUGCUCAGUGGCAUGAGUGUGUGCGGGAGGAAGGCGCUGACCCUGCUGAGCAGUGUGUUUGCGGUAUGCAGUCUGGGGCUGCUGGGUAUCGCCGUAAGCACUGACUACUGGCUGUAUCUGGAGGAGGGCGUCAUACUGCCUCUCAACCAGAGCACUGACGUACGCAUGUCCAUCCACUCAGGCCUGUGGAGGGUCUGUUUUCUAGCUGGUGAGGAGAGAGGACGCUGCUUCACCAUCGAGUAUAUGAUGCCUAUGAGUGUCCAGAUCACCAGUGAGUCCACAGUCAGUGUUUUGAAGAUGAUUCGCUCAGCGACGCCGUUCCCACUGGUCAGUUUGUUCUUUAUGUUCAUUGGCUUUGUGCUAAACAACAUCGGACACAUCCGGCCCCACCGCACCAUACUGGCCUUCGUCUCUGGAAUCUUCUUCAUCUUGUCAGGUCUGUCUCUAGUGGUGGGUUUGGUUCUCUACAUCUCCAGCAUUAAUGAUGAGAUGUUGAACAGGACCAAGAGUAAUGAAGCGUAUUUCAGCUAUAAGUACGGAUGGUCCUUCGCGUUUGCUGCCAUCUCCUUCCUCCUCACUGAGAGUGCAGGUGUGAUGUCUGUCUACCUGUUCAUGAAGCGAUACACAGCAGAGGAAAUCUAUCAGCCUCGGCCCAGCUUCUACCGGCCGCGCCUGAGCAACUGCUCGGAUCACUCGGGUCAGUUCCUGCACCCUGAUGCCUGGACGAGAGGCCGCAGCCCGUCAGACAUCUCCAGCGACGCCUCUCUACAAAUGAAUGCCAGCUACCCUGCCCUCCUCAAGUGUCCAGACUAUGACCAGAUGUCCUCCUCCCCCUGCUGAAAGACCGGACACCAGGGAUGCGUGGACAGUAGUACGUCAUGAUCUUGUGCAAUAGUUGAUCAGUUUUUAACGUAUAUUCGCUGUUCUAUCAGACAGGUAAGGAUCAGACAGUUGAAACGUGUCCCCUAGUGAACUUUAUUCAGUUCUGUGUUUGUUGCUGUCAUGUCAUUCCAGCAGGAGGCAGUAGAGUGAUACUUUCUGCAGUGUGUCCACAUAGUGUACUGGUUAAGUGUAUGAUUGACAGGUGCAUACUUACUGGGUGUAGAUUUGUGUAAAUAUUCAUGAUGUUCAUAUAAAUAUGAAUUUCAGAGAUGUAUUGUAGCCAUUAUGAAACAAUAGACUUCUUGCUCAAUAUGGAGUUUUGACGGGUAAUGUAUUGAUAUAAUGAUGGUAAUAUAUUUAAGAACCAUUUUGACCUCUAUAAGAACGAAGAGAAUAGAAAUAUUUAAGUAAUACUAAUGACCAGUCGUAGCAUCACAGAUAUGUAUUGUUGCAGAUCAGAAAAAUGUGACACUAGUUAAACAUGUUGUAAGCUGUGGAUGGUUAUAUUAUACAGCAAACACAUUAUAUUUAUAUUAUGUUUCCUUGUGUUUCUGUAUAAAUGAAAUAUACCCAAAUAAUGAGAGAAAUAUUUGUUAAUUAAAAACGUAUUAAUUUCUUAAAACUAGUUUCACGUUCAAUAUGACUUUUUCAAUAUUUGGCCAUUGGAAACAGUUUAAGUAGCAUUAUGUCCAGUGUAGGAAUAUUAAAAGACAUAUGUUUCUUUCUUUGUGAGCAUGUAUCUGAAAUUUUGUACAUGUUUUUCAUAGAUCUGAUACUUUGUAUGUUGAUAUUUUGUAUAAGCGUCAGAGAAACUAUUCUGCACUUAAACAUUUCAGACUCCUUCU